ACCUUCUACCGAUGGACGCACCGCGGAAGACAGCCCGAGUGGGGCAUCGCCGAGUGAGGAACGUAACCACAGCUCCUCGUGCCACCAGCAAGACUUCACCAAUUAGCUCUGAACCAAGCUGAACCACAAAACCAAUACUUCGACAUGAUGGACUUCAAAACAGAAUCUCCGCCACCGGCAACGCCAGCUUUUCUCAAGCUCUCAUACCCAGCUCCCCGCGUAUUGCUUGUGCGCAUGGACAGGCCAAAAGACCUCAACGCCAUGUCCACAGCGGCCCAGUGGGAGAUGGACUCGGUCUGGAAAUGGUAUGACAAAGAACCCAAUCUCAGCGUCGCAAUCAUCACAGGCACGGGAAGAGCCUUUUCGGCCGGAGCAGAUCUCAAGGAGUGGAACAACAGCAUGGCCGCAGACGCCGAUCCAAGCCAGCGCAUGGGCAACGCGCCUGCUUUCAAGCCGUUGAGCAAGAGAUUGGGCAAGAAACCAGUCAUUGCGGCCGUCAACGGUCUCGCCAUGGGUGGCGGGUGUGAGUUCAUCGUCAACUGCGACCUCGUCGUCGCUGCUGAGGACGCUUACUUUGGGCUUCCCGAGGUCAAGAGAGGCAUCGCGGCCAUAGGCGGAGCUUUGCCGCGACUCAUACGGACCAUCGGACUUCAGAGAGCAAGCGAAUUCGCGCUUACAGGGCGCAACGUCUCAGCGCAAGAGAUGGAGCAAUGGGGCAUCGUGAACAAGGUGGUGCCCAAGGAAGUGGUCGUCGAGGAGGCGGUGCGUUAUGCCAAGACGAUUGCAGCCAACUCCCCGGAUGCCAUUAUAUGUACCCGAGCUGGUUUGAGGCAGGGCUGGGAGACGGCAUCCGUAGAGCGAGCAGUCGAGUGGACGCUGGAGAAGGAGUUUGCUGAGCUGCAAAGGGGCGAGAACAUGCUCGAAGGCCUCAAAGCAUUCUCUGAGAAGCGAGAACCACGUUGGAGAGGUAGCAAGUUGUGAGAAUGACGGGGUCUAAUUCCAAACAUGCCGUUCGAAAGGACAAAGAAGAUCCCGUCUGAUGGAAAACCCGGAGGAACUAGAUCUGUGUGGCCCUCUUCCCCAAAGCUUUUGCUCGACCACCGUCUAGACUAAUCAAACCCGUCGUCCGAAACCAUUUGAGAUCGACCAGCUAGGUUCGUCCUUCUUUGCAAACAGUCGAUAUAUAGAAGAGCCUGCCAGGGACUUGGGUUGGUUGCGCUGGCAGCUGCACGUUUUUGUCAGCGUUGCAGAUAGACCAGGUGAUGGGAAGUGAGGGCAGCCAUCAC